AUGCCAAUUAUUGGUGAAUAUUGUAUGAAUCUUGUUACAAUUGAACUUUGGCUUCGAAGUUAUCAAGAGAUUGAUUUUUUAAAUGUUUUUAAAAAUAUGAAAAAAUUGAAAACAGUUAAAAUAUUUGGAUAUGUGUUGGAUAAUAAUGGAGAUACUGAUGAAUUUGAUGGAGGUGAAAAUAAUGAGACAACUUUUUUGGACAAUAUAACAACGGGUUUGGAAAAAUUAACUAUUGAAAGUUAUUUGCAUGGAAAAUUGAUGCCUAAACAUAUAGCAGAGACACUGAUUAAAUUUAAUAAUCUCCGGGAGCUUGAACUCACAAACUGGAAAAUAUCAAUUAUUUUAGUUGUUUAUUUUUCAUAUGUUAAUUGUGAAUUUCAUCAAAGAAUAAGUAACGGAAUUGCUGUGGCUUCCGGUGAACUACCAUAUCAAGUAUCAAUUCAAAAAGAUGGACAGCAUCACUGUGGUGGUAGUAUCAUUGAUGAAUAUCAUAUAUUAACAGCAGCACAUUGUGUUGUUGGAAGAGGAAAUAUAUUAAAUUUAAAACUUCAAAUAUUAAGUAGAACAAUUAACCAAGUAUUUCCCGCUGGUGAAAUAAGAGAUGUUAAAUUAAUUAUUCCACAUCAAAGUUUUGUUCAUGAAUCAUCUGGAAUAUAUGACAUUGCAAUAUUAGUGUUGGCAGUACCAAUUAAAAUUGAUAGUUAUCAACGACCUAUCACUGUUGCUCCAUCAACUUAUAACAUUAAAAAAGACGAUGUUGUAUUGGCAAGUGGAUGGGGUUCACCAAGUUCAAAGCAUAGACCAACCCAAGACCUUAGAAAGCUAGAAACAAUUAUUAUUGAUAAUGAAAAAUGUUCACAAAUGGUUAAAAUAAAUGUUCAUGAAUCAUUUAUUUGUACAAGAAAAGCACCUGGCUACAAUAUUUGUCAAGGAGACAGUGGUGGUCCACUUGUUCAUAAUGGACUUCUUGUUGGUAUUGCCUCACAAAGUGCUUGCAAUGGAGAUGAUCCUGAUAUGUUUACCAAAGUCUCUUAUUACAAUUCAUGGAUAAAUGACGUUGUUACAAAAUAUCCUCGUUGAUUU